AUGCGCUCUCAGGCCCACCAGGCCGAAGACCGUUCGUUCACCUCUCCAAUCCGUUUAAUUACGCUAUCAAUGGCAGAUAACAGUUAUCAAAUAGUCGACUAUAACUACCUAUUAUUAAGUGCUUUCAAAAUUAUUCAUCUCAAUCCUACUAAGUACUUAACAACAUUGGAAUUAUUAACAUGUCGCGAACAAAGACUUAAAUUAUUGCGAUAUGAAAUCGGUAUUUUAUCUAGUGAAAUUUUAGAAUCUCCUGAAAAAAAAUCAAGAAAUUUAUUGAUGUUAUUAAAUUUCAUGGAUGAAAAAACUCCAGAAUCUUAUUUUACAAUACGCAAAUUAGCAACUGUAUCACUUUUAGAAAUAUUCAAAGAUGUAUUACCAUUAUAUAAUCUUAGAUUUUUAAAUACGAAUAAAAUAAAAGUAAAAAAAGAAACUCUGCGUCAACAAACUCAAGAAAUAACUAUUUUAACAUGUUACAAAAGAUAUCUUCAAAAGCUUGAAAAAAUGGCAGUUGUAAUAAAAAAUGAAAAACAUACAUUAUUUUUAAAAGAGGAAGAUAUCUAUUUAGCAUUUCUUGCCAUUAAUUGUAUGGCUCAUUUACUAGUUAAUCGACAACAUUUUAACUUUUCAUCAAAUAUAGCCAAGUUUUUAAUUCCAUUCUUAAAUUCUAAACAUCAGAACAUUAGAUGUCUUGUAUCCAUAUCUUUAGAACGAAUAUUCAAAGAAGAUAACCAAGGGGAAUUAUCUUUAACUAUUAUACGUCAUCUGUAUGAAUAUUUAAAAAAACAAACAAAUUUAGUAUAUGUAGAAGUGAUAUCAAUUUUGUUACGUAUUCAGAUAAAGUAUGUCAAAGUUAAUCAAAAUGAAGAUUUGUGUAAGUUGGGAAAGUUAUCUUUACCUAGAAGUUUAAAUGAAAAGGAAAAAAAAUGGAAACAAAAAUUAAAACAGAUUGAAAAAGAAAUAUUAGAAACAAAUAUAGUGUGUAACAAACAAAUUAAAAUAAAUUUUUUUAUAGAAAUUACAGAGUUAAUCUUUAAGAUAUAUUUUCAUACAUUGAGACAAUUUGGAAAUAAUCGAAUAUUAUCGUUCUGUCUAAAAGGGAUAUUAAUAUUUUUACCUUAUACCAACAUAUUUUUUCAACAUGAUGUAGUCAACGCCUUGGACAUUUUAUUACUAAAAAACAAUAUAUCUUUAAGAGAGAAACUUGCUUGUUUACAUGCAACUUUUAUUAUUUCUUCCCAUAAAUUAUCAUUAAUAAAUGCUGAUCUUAACAGGUUUUUUAUAUACUUUUACAAUAUUUUAAUUCAGAUUCAUAUUGGUAAAAGUCAUAACGAUAUUAAUACCGUCAUUAAAAUAUUAAUUCAUACUCUUUUAUAUAAACGUAAAUUCACAACUCAAAAUCGUUUACUUGCUUUUAUCAAAAGAAUUUCUUUAAUGACGUUAGUAUUGGAACAUAGUGAUGCUUUGGAAAUUACUUAUAUAAUUAAGAAAAUGAUAUGUAAUUAUGAAAAUACAAAUAUAUUAUUAGAUACCGAUUGUAGUAUUGGAGAAGGAAUAUAUUUAUCAGAAAUAAAUGAUCCUGAAUAUUGUAAUGCAUGUUGUACAUGCUUAUGGGAAAUUAUAGCUCUACAGCGUCAUUACCACAUUGCAAUUAAAAAUGUUACCAAUACUAUAAUGUGUAAAUCUGGAUAUCACACUGUUUUACCAAUAGACAUUUUGAAAUUGUUUCCAGAAGAUGUACAUAAGGAUUAUAGAACAUCAAAAGGAUUAUUCAAACCAAUUACAUUUAUCCCAAAUAAUGCAUUCACAAAAACUAUUAAGAUAAACAAAUUUAUAAAUAAAUUUGAAAAACAAAUUCAAAGCAUUUAUAAUGACGUCCACAAGGCAUUCAUUAAGGAACACGCAUACCUGGAAAUCUGGCUAACUGCUUAA